AUGUCUCAAACUUUAUAUUUCAGCGUUCUUCUCAUCGCUCUCUGUUCAUUAUCUGAAUGCAUUCAGCGCCGCUAUCACCACAUAAACAUGAAAAUGAACUGGACUGAAGCUCAGAAAUACUGCAGAGAAAACUACACAGAUCUGGCCACAGUCAACAACAUCAAUGACAUGAAUCAACUGAUGAAGAGUGUGGAUAACAGUCUGACUGAUGAUGUCUGGAUUGGAUUGAAGAGAUCAAGUGUUCAUAAAUGGAAGUGGUCUCUGGGUGAUCCUGUGAAAUACACAAACUGGUAUAAUGGAGACUCAAAUGGUCCAGAUGAUUGUGUUUAUAUGAGAGAUGGAUCAUGGCAUCAUCAGGACUGUAGUGUGAACAUGAGAUUCAUCUGCUACAAUGGUGAUAAAGGAUUCAUCAUUGAUGUUUCUUCAGUAUCAUGGAGAGACGCUCAGAUCUUCUGCAGACAGCAUCAUACUGAUCUGACCAGUGUGAGGAAUCAGACUGAGAAUCAACAGAUUCAGAAGAUCAUGAAUGACACAAACAUAUCUGAAGUCUGGAUUGGUCUGUUCAGUGACUCAUGGGAGUGGUCAGAUAAAAGUGAAUCUGGAUUCAGAUACUGGCAUCCUAAAGAACCAAAUAAUCUUGAUACUGAAAAAUGUACAGAGUUCAUUCCGACACUCCAGGGUCAAUGGAAUAAUGUGGCUUGCAGUAACUCUCUGACCUUUGUGUGUCAUGAAGAUAAUCUGAUAUUGAUCCAGAUGAAUCUGAGCUGGUCUGAAGCUCUGAGAUACUGCAGAGAGAAUCAUGUGGAUCUGGUUUCAGUUGAUUCAGAGGAGAUUCAGUUCAUGGUGACUAAAGUGAUUCAUGAGUCCUCUACUGACGCCGUGUGGAUGGGGUUACACUAUUACUGCCAAAUGAACCUCUGGAUCUGGAUACGAGGAGAGGCCGUGUGCUAUCAGAAUUGGGCUCCAGGGAACGGAGCAGGACUUAUGGACUGCAACAGUGAACACAUAGCUGGAGCAGUUCAGUCUGGAGGAGAUCAUCUCUGGAUCAGCCGUCCUCGAUCUCAACAACUCAACUUCAUCUGCAUCAAAAAAUAAUCUAAUAAUUUGUGUCUAUCACUUCUUCAUUGAUUGUUUAGUAAAGGUGAAUGGGUCUGAUAUAUAACUUGUGUGCUCGUAACGUCACACACUAUGUGAAAGUCUCUUUUUAAAUGAUAUUUUAGGAGCUUUGGUCUGCUGACUUUACAUCUUUAUCUUUUCUUUAGUAAUAGACAGAGUUAAUAUAUUAAAUAAUACUUCAACUCGAUCACAGAAACUCUCAUUAACUACAAACAAUAACUUAUAUAUCUUCUUUAGUUUAUAGAAAAGAUUGCAAAAUUAUUUUGAAAAUGUUUGAAAUUUUAUGAAAUGAUCGUUUAUAUGAUAAAAACAUCAAAGAGUCAUCAGCGCUCAUCAUAAUAAACUCUCAUCUCAUCAUCAUGAUGUUAUUAAAAUAUCAGCUCUUAAAGGAACAGUAUGUAAGAAAUUUAUAUCAAUUAAUCAUAAAAUGAUUAUGUCACUAGACAUUAAGAAAUCAUUUUCAUUUCAAAUACUUAUAUCACUGACAACAGUGGUCCAGCCAGGAUAUUGUCAUUUAAAAAGUAGAGUUGCAGCCCUGAACUGAUGUUUAUGUUGUCAUGUUGUGUAUUGGCCAACAGCUGUGUAAUUGCAGUACCAGUUUUAGCCACAAGUUUUGUUAUUGCAAUACCAGUUUUGGCCACAAUCCUACAUACUGUUCCUUUAACUCUUUCACCCCCAGCGUUUUUAAAAAAAGUUGCCAGCCAGCGCCAGCGUUUUUCAUGAUUUUCACAAAAGUUUAAUGUCUUCCAGAAAAUGUUCUUCUUCAAAUAUAUAAACAUACAAUAUACCAAAUGAAAGAACAGACCCUCUGUUUUCUUUCAAAAAAAAAAACAAAACGUUUCAUCCUACCUUCAGUAGUAGCUUUUGUAAUCAGCUUUUGAAUAUGGGUAGGUUUCUGCAAAAACACCACAUUUUGAGCAAAAAGCAGAGAUAAUUCCAUUUUUGUGACGGACUUUUCAUAGAGUUCCCAUUCAGAGCGAUCUUUAAAACAGACACGUACAUGCAGCAGCUUGCCAUAGGGCAAUACUUCCGGGUUUAAAAAGUUGCGGAAGGGCCUAGUGGAUAAUAGCGGUAUUGCGGAAAGACCGAAAUACUCGUCAUUGGCGGGGAAGCGUUUUCUCUUGAUUGACGAGAUAUCUCGUCAAUGGCGGGGAAAGAGUUAAUAUUCAUCAUCAAAGUUAACGUUUGUGUGUUUGUUAACUGGUUUUAGGUUUUGUACUUCUUAUCUUUAGAAAUGUCUGCUUCUUUAAAGUCUGAAUAUUCUGUAUGUGUAAUGAAAUCUGUUGAGUUAUGUUGACUAAUGUAAAGUUAAAGCAACACUAUGUAGUUUCGAUGUAAAAAUGACUUACAGCUCCCCCAUGUGGUUGAAAAGCGCAACAGUGCCUGAUAUCAGACACUCUUCUGCAGGCAGGGGGAGGGGCGGGGUGUGUGCUCUACCCUCCACAGCCACUUUCAGAGUGUGCUUGUAGCUGCUAGGAGGCUGCUCAGGUUGCAGCAACAGUACAAUUUGUCCAGUUAAAAGUUGUUCUAUCUCUGAAAUAAUUUUAGAGACAUUAUUUAAAGGUAAAAAAACUACAUAGUGUUGCUUUAAGACAUCACUUCAAAUAAACUCAUCUACUACUCAUUCUCCUGACAUCUGUAAUCAUAUCAUCUUUACAUUUAUUCUUUAUUAUUAAAUAACACUGCUUCAGUGCUGAUUUAUAACACUGGAUGAUGUGGAGACAUAUAGACACACACAAGUCAUCAUUUAAUAUCAUGUAUUUAUAUAAAAACACUUUCACAAAAAUAUAACAUUUGAGUUUUUUAAAAAGUAUCAUCACAAAUUUCAUGCUUUUGGUUUAUAUUUGUAUUUUUUUAAAGGUAUUUAUUUGUCUUCUUGAACUCCAGGUUUGUUUUCUGUGUUGAAAUUUGAGAUCAUCUUUCAUUAAAUGUUUUCUAAGUAA